UUGGCUAAUUAGGGGAGAAGGUAGAUGGAUUUACGAAGUUUCUUGCCUGAUUGCAAGUUAAAUGUUGUUCUUCUGCGAGGUGUAAAAGGAUUGGUUCACAGAAAAAGAGAAGGAAAGCAGGAAAAGGAAGAUGAACAAGAAAAAGGUGUUCAACCUGGCCAAGGGUUUCCGAGGCAGGGCGAAGAACUGCAUUAGAAUCGCGAGGGAGAGGGUCGAGAAGGCCCAGGAGUACUCCUACAGAGACCGCCGCAACAAGAAGCGUGAUAUGCAGUCUCUCUGGAUCCAGCGCAUCAACGCCGGCACUCGCUUCCACUCAGUCAAUUACGGUAACUUCAUGCACGGGUUGAUGAAGGAGAACAUCCAGCUGAACUGGAAAGUUCUGUCAGAAUUGUCCAUGCAUGAGCCUCUUAGCUUCAAGGCCCUUGUGGACAUCUCCCGUAAUGCCUUCCUUGGGAACAAGAAUGUGGUUCAUCCUCCCAGGAAGGUAAGCAUUCUAGUCAGUGUCUAGUAUGUUGGUCGCUUUGUGUCUCUUGUUUCUCUUUUUGAGCUCGAUGUUUGAACCAUUGUUUCGUGGUUCCUACAAAGCUUCUACUGG